UCGCAGCACAGGAGGCCGUAGCCCAGGGGUGCAGGGCAGGAGAAUGGAGAACCAGGCGGCCCCGGGCGCUGGGGGCGAGGACACCCCGGGCUCCGGCAGGGCGAACCUCAAGCGCAGCGGGCGCGCCGCGGAGGAGGAGAGCAGGAACAAGCCUAAGCUGAAUGUUCAAAUAAAAACUUUGGCAGAUGAUGUGCGUGACAGAUUAACAAGUUUUAGAAAAUCAGCUGUAAAAAAAGAGAAACCUCUCAUUCAGCACCCUGAUUCUCAAACCUCUAUGAGUGAAUUUCCAGUUGCCCAACCAUUGUUUGAUGAACGUUGUAUGAAUUUAUCAGAAAAAGAAGUUAUGGAUCUCUUUGAAAAAAUGAUGGAAGACAUGAACUUAAAUGAAGAACGUAAAGCUCCUUUACGAAAUAAGGAUUUGACCACAAAACGUGAGAUGGUUGGCCAGUAUAUUUCUGCAACUGCUAAAUCUAUAGUUGGAAGUAAAGUUGUGGGAGGAUUGAAAAAUAGCAAGCAUGAGUGCACACUAUCUUCACAAGAAUAUGUCCAUGAAUUACGAUCUGGUAUCACAGAAGAAAAACUUUUUAACUGCCUAGAGUCUCUGAGAGUGUCUCUAACCAGCAAUCCAGUCAGCUGGGUCAACAAUUUUGGACAUGAAGGUCUUGGGCUUCUGUUGGAUGUACUGGAAAGACUUCUGGACAAGAAACAGCAAGAAAGUAUUGACAAGAAGAAUCAACAUAAGCUUAUUCAGUGCCUCAAAGCAUUUAUGAAUAAUAAGUACGGGUUGGAAAGAACUCUAGGAGAUGAAAGAAGCCUUUUGUUACUAGCAAGAGCAAUUGAUCCAAAGCAACCAAACAUGAUGACGGAAACAGUAAAAAUACUUUCUGCCAUUUGUAUUGUUGGAGAGGAAAAUAUUCUGGACAAACUUUUAGAAGCAAUAACGACUGCAGCUGAGAGAAAUAACAGAGAACGUUUUUCUCCAGUUGUGCAGGGAUUGGAGAACCAUGAAGCUUUGCAGUUGCAGGUGGCCUGCAUGCAGUUUAUAAAUGCCCUUGUCACUUCUCCAGAAGAUCUUGAUUUUAGGAUACACUUGAGAAAUGAAUUCCUACGCUGUGGACUGAAGAAAAUAUUGCCAGACCUAAAAGAGAAAGAAAAUGAAGAACUUGAUAUUCAGUUGAAAGUGUUUGAUGAAAACAAAGAAGAUGACUUAAUUGAAUUGUCACAUCGUCUCAAUGACAUCAAAGCUGAAAUGGAUGACAUGGAUGAAGUAUACCAUCUGCUUUAUAAUAUGCUGAAGGACACGGUUUCUGAAAACUAUUUCCUCUCAAUAUUGCAACACUUACUACUGGUCAGGAAUGAUUAUUACGUCCGAACUCAGUAUUACAAGAUAAUUGAAGAAUGCAUUUCACAGAUAGUAUUGCACUGCAGCGGUAUGGACCCAGAUUUUAAAUAUAGGGGAAGAUUGGAUGUAGACUUUACCCACCUUAUUGAUGCAUGUGUGAACAAAGCAAAAGUAGAAGAAAGUGAACAAAAAGCAGCAGAAUUUUCCAAAAAGUUUGAUGAAGAAUUCACGGCUCGACAAGAGGCACAGGCUGAACUUCAGAAACGAGAGGAGAAGAUCAAAGAGCUUGAAACAGAAAUCCAGCAGCUACGAACCCAGAGUUCAUUACUGUCAGCUGGUCAGCCUACAUCAGGGGCUCCUCCUUUAUCACCUCCACCACCACCACCUCCCUUACCUGGUGUAAUCCCACCUCCACCUCCACCUCCACCUCCUUUGCCUGGAGGAGGCGUACCUCCACCACCGCCUCUGUUUGGUGGCCCUCCACUACCGCCGCCUCUCGGGGGCAUACCUCCUCCUCCAGGAGCUCCAGCAUCCCUGCCUUAUGGAAUGAAGGAAAAGAAAAAGUAUAAACCUGAGGUCUCUAUGAAGAGAAUCAAUUGGUCAAAGGUUGAACCCCAGGACAUAUUGGAAAACUGCUUUUGGUUAAAAGUUAGAGAGGAUAAAUUUGAAAAUCCAGAUCUGUUUGCAAAACUGGCACGUACCUUUGGUACACAGAUGAAAGCUAAAAAGGCAGUAGAUGAUACAGAAGAAAAGAAAGUAGUUCUGCCAAAGAAACGAGUUAAAGAAUUAAGAAUCUUGGAUGGAAAAACAGCACAGAAUCUGUCAAUCUUUCUAGGAUCUUUCCGAAUGCCUUAUGAAGAAAUAAAAAAUAUUAUUUUAGAGGUGGAUGAAAAGAAGCUGAGUGAAUCCUUGAUUCAGAAUUUGGUGAAGAAUCUUCCUGAACAAAAGGAACUCAGUGCCUUAGCCCAGUUAAAGCAUGAAUAUGAUGAUCUCUGUGAGCCAGAACAGUUUGGAGUUGUGAUGAGCUCAGUGAAAAUGUUACGGCCUCGCCUCAAUGGCAUCCUCUUCAAGCUUAUGUUUGAAGAACACGUAAACAACAUCAGACCUGGCAUCAUGGCAGUAUCUCUAGCCUGUGAGGAGCUGAAGAAGAGUGAGAGCUUUAAUAGUUUGUUAGAGCUAGUGUUGUUGGUUGGAAACUAUAUGAAUUCAGGCUCAAGAAAUGCCCAAUCGCUGGGGUUUAACAUCAGCUUUCUUUGCAAGAUUAGAGAUACUAAAUCAUCAGAUCAAAAAACAACACUCUUGCAUUUUCUGGUUGAAAUCUGUGAAGAGAAAUAUCGGGACAUCUUAAAAUUCACAGAUGAACUGGAACACGUUGAGAGUGCAAGCAAAGUUUCAGCUCAAAGUCUCAAGAGCAACCUUGAUUCAAUGGAACUUCAGAUCCAUCGCCUAGCAAAUGACAUUGAGAGUUUCCCUAAAACAGAAGAUGCACAUGAUAAAUUUGUGGAAAAGAUGACCAGCUUUACUAAGAGCGCCCAAGACCAGUAUGAAAAGUUGUCCAACAUGCAUAACAACAUGACCAAGUUAUAUGAGAAUUUGGGAGAGUACUUUACCUUUGAUCCCAAAGCAACAACUAUAGAGGAAUUUUUUGGUGAUCUAAGCAACUUCCGAACUAUGUUCUUGGAGGCACUGAAGGAAAACAACAAGAGAAGAGAAAUGGAGGAAAAGACCAAGAGAGCCAAGCUGGCAAAAGAGAAAGCUGAACGAGAGAGACUAGAGCGGCAGCAGAAGAAGCAGCAGCUGAUUGAUAUGAACAAAGAGGGUGAUGAGACAGGAGUGAUGGAUAAUCUGCUCGAGGCCCUGCAGUCAGGGGCAGCCUUCAGGGAUCGCAGGAAACGAACACCAAGAAUGCAGGAUAACAGACAAGUAACUUUGGAAAGGUCACGUUCUCGCCACAAUGGAACUAUCACAGCUAUAUGAUUCCUCUGAAGCCAAAGAAUUGGAGAACUAUUUUACUUACUUUAAAAUGCAGACCCACUGAAAAAAGUUAUACAUACAAACACCAGCAAUGAUCAGAUAUGAAAUUUAAAUGAAUUCUAGUAAAGAACAUACCAGAAGAUAAAUACACAUUAUGUACUUUUAAGAGCUACUGGAAAAAAGAAAAAAAACACCACUGUACUUUAGUAACACAAUUAUCAGGAUUUGUAAACAGUGUUAAACUAUAAGGUUCUAUGUUAUCUUGUUAUCUAAUGUGUUACUUGCCAUUUUUAAGGUGGCAACUAUCUGAAGGGACUUGAGACUUCUAGGAAAUGUUCUAUAUGGAGCAGAAUUAGAAACAUGCUGAAAAAAUGCUGCAACCAACAAGAUCAGGUCACAGAAGGGAGACAUGAUUCCAUCUGUGGUUCCAAUUUGGACAUGAAAGGAAAAAUGAACAAAAAUUUGCAUAUUAAUGAAUUCAGAUAUGAGCUGAUAUUGCGCACAUCAUAGGAGACCUAUUUUGUAAGUAUGAGAAAGCAGUGUAUAGCCCCAAUCAAGUUACUUAGAAUCUUAUCUCAAGUUAAAGCUUGAUGGAUUUAGCUAUUUUGGUUGCAGUUAAACUUAUCAUAAAUCUACAGUUUCUGUGGUUUGAUGAUUUAUAGCUACUUAUUGUUAAAAACAAAACAAAAAAAGCAUAGGAUUGUACCAAAGUUAAACCGUAUCAAUUGCAUAAUAUGUUUUUAACUAUAUUUAAAGAGGUAUUUUCUAAUUAUGCACUUAUAAAAUAUAUACUUUAUGCAGAUAUUUUUAAGGAAAAAUAAUUAUCAUAUUGUAAGUAUUCUAAAAUUCCUUGGCCUUUGUUUAGCUUUUAGAGACAAACUAUAUUAUGCAGCUUUUCAGGACUGCCUCUUUCUAAGUUUUCCCUUUGUUUCUCAGGUAAAAUACCCUCAUUUACAGUUGGAUCUCAGUGCUGGAGAGUAAGCAGAUAAAAAUUUGAUUUUUACCCUUCAGCCCUAAGCAGCAGUGACCACAAUCAUUAUAGCAGCCUGACCUUCCAAGGAAAUGCCUCCCACUUUAAAUACAAGCCCCUAUACCUCAGGUGAGCUUAGUAUCUGACACUGCUUAUAUUCUACCAUUUGAUGGAAAACUACAGUACAACUACCCUUACAUCCCCAGCCUGAAUCUGAACAUGCAGCCUUGGUGGGGGUUCACUUUAACUUCUACCAACCUUUGGACUCAACAGUUAUUGUUUUUAUGUCAUCACGAAUGGAAGUCAGCAUACUGUGUACAUUCCACAUUACAGGAAAUAGUACAAAAAAAGUAGAUAUUCGCUCUGCAGUUGAUUCAGUUUUGCCACCAAAUGGGUUGUAUUAUCAUGGAAAUUAUUAUUCCCUGAGGAUAUUGGACACCUUUUUUCUGUGUUAUAAACAGUGUUUGAAGAGUAGGGCAGGCACUCUAUUUUCUGUGCACCAGUUGUUAAUCACAGAAAAAGAGGAGCAGUCAUAUUUGGAAGCUGUAUAACUUUGCACUACUGUUUGAACCAAAAGUCUUUAUAUAGUAGCUUCUUUAUGCUUUGCUGGGUUAAAGACUUUCAAAGAUUACCUGACUGGUCUGGGCUAAAUUCUUACAGUACUGAAUUCAUUACAAGAAAAGGCAUUGAGCCCGUUUAGGUUCUCAUUGAAGUCAAAUGGAAAAAUUCCCGUAGAGUUAAAAGAGAGCAGGAUUUUUACACAUUAUUACAUUUCUCAACACAAACGUGACUCAAACCUAGUGAAAUGCAUGCUGUAAAAUAAUACGACUGUAUCUAGUUUCCUUCUGGUAACAAAGUAAAGAGGUGUGUGUGUAUUUUAGAAAAAAAACUAAAACAUAAUUGUCUCCCACUGUUUCAGUAAGAGGCAGUAAGAAUUACAUUCCAUUUUGCAUAAGUUGACACUGGCUUUGUAUUGACGAGUCUAAUUUUUUUCAAAAAUUUGAAGUAUUGAAUUCACCCUUGUAGAAAGGUGCUCAGUGUAAAAAGGCAAAAUGUAAAGGAAUUAGGUCUGUAAUGGCUAUAUAUUCUAAUUUAUACCAUCAUGAAAAACUGUACUGAAGCUCAAAAGUAAGAUAAACAAUUUACUAGGAUUUAAAGGCAGGAAUGUUGAAAAUAAUCAUUAGAACACAUGUGAACUUAACCUAAUAACCCACAAUGGAUUCUUUAUACUGUAGCACUAAUUGCUACAAGUACAGUUUUUUUCAUUUCCUGGCAUUGUGUUUUCGAAAAAGCUCUGUACUAGCAGACUGCAGAUAUUUAAAAACCAAAUCCUAGCAAAAAGCAAAUCCAAAAAAGUAACAUUAUCUGAUAUUUCUAUUUUGCUACACGAUCCUUUUUUCACAUUUGAAACAUUUAUAUAAUUUAAUGGACAUAUCUGUUAGAAACAAAAGUAUGUUUCAAAGGAAAACUAGUUUAGAAGAUAAUUUAUGUAAAUACAGGGUGCUUCUGUUUAUGAAGACUAAAAAAAAUUUCUGAAAUUAAUGCUGGGUCACUUUGUCUUUUGAUAGCUUUUCAGUCUAUAUGAAAUUGCAGCUAUUUUUAAUGUUUUUAUUAUUGAUAAUUUUCAUAGUUGUCACAUGUUUAUCUACUAAUCUAGAAGGUAUGUUUAGCCCAGAAGUGCAGCACCUUUUUCGAAAUGGACUUGCCUUAUUUUCUAGUAUUAAAAAAUAAAAAUAAAAAAAUAUUUCAGUUAAAUUAUAUUUGCACUCAGAGUAAUCCCAGAAGAUAAAUCACCAGACCUUUUUGCACACAUUAAAAACCAUUUAGGGAAUAUUACCUAAAGUUCCUACUAAUUAUAUUUUAUUAUAAAUAAGUCCCUUAAGAUAUUACAUUACACUUACCACAGCACAUCGGUUUGCAUUCACAUUUUAAAAUGUAAAAGUAACAAAGGAAAAAAACAUUUUGUGAUGUUAUUCUGUUUACAUUUCUUAG